AUGCUUGAAAAGCCUCCAGGGGUCAUUCCACCUUUCAACGUUCUCAUAUCCAUUCGUGUCUAUCGUCAUCUUGCGGUCGCAAUAUCCAAGAAACAUCUUCCUGCGCUGCUGAAGCCGUUUGAUGCUCAUACACCCAAUGACUAUGACGGAUUCCUUCGCCUCCUCGCAUUUCAGACUGGCCACAAGCCGACGACUCAUGCGGGGGCGUACGCAUUAGAGACUGCAUUUGCCGCCAAAUUGCAGGCAGACUUGAUCUGUCGAUACCUCGAGAAUAGUCGCAUUUGGCACCAGUUUCUCCUUGUCGGACAGAGCGAUGUCAUCGAGGCUGCUGUAGACUCUUCAUAUGAUCGGAAUAAGAGGACAUAUGAGAUCGCAGGGUACUUUCCGGAUCCGCCAAGGUUGAGGUCCGACGAUGACGAGGAGUGCAUGUCUCAGACUUGGUCGAGCGCGGCCUCCGAUGUUGAGGAUGGUUGCGAAAGCGACCAGGCAGGUCAUCAGUCUCAUCGCGGCGAAGUAAAGAGACACAGGCGCAGGCAGGGGCCAUUAGGUGAGCUGGAUAAGAAUAUUAGUCCCGUGUCGAAGAAAAUCAGAAGACUGCAAGAAAAGAUCGAAGAGCUGAAGAAGGCAAGGGCUCUGUAG